UAAGAAAUCAUAGACAAAAAGUCAGCUGACUUAACUUUUAUCAUUGGUCUUGUGAUAAGUUGAGAACUCCGCCAUUCUCGGAUCAUCUUUUCAAUCUUUACCGUCCCUUAAAGAACUAGUAAUUCAAAAUGGCGACAAAGGGCGGUUUGAAGAAGAUCGCCGAUGAGGACAAUGAGGAGAGAUUCGGUUAUGUGUUUGCCGUGUCCGGUCCCGUCGUAACGGCGGAGAAGAUGUCCGGAUCCGCUAUGUACGAGCUGGUACGUGUGGGCUACAAUGAACUGGUGGGCGAGAUCAUUCGUCUUGAAGGCGAUUUAGCCACCAUUCAGGUAUACGAGGAAACAUCAGGUGUAACAGUCGGUGAUCCCGUGCUGAGAACUGGCAAGCCCUUGUCCGUGGAACUCGGACCAGGUAUCCUGGGCUCCAUCUUUGACGGUAUCCAGCGACCCCUGAAGGACAUCAACGAGCUGACACAGUCCAUCUACAUCCCCAAGGGUAUCAACGUGCCCAGCUUGGCAAGAGAAGUCGACUGGGAGUUCAACCCUCUCGGUGUUAAGGUUGGAGCUCACAUCACCGGCGGAGAUCUGUACGGUAUUGUGCAUGAGAACACAUUGGUGAAGCACAAGAUGCUGGUGCCGCCCAAGGCUAAGGGUACAGUCACAUACAUUGCGCCAGCCGGCAACUACAAAGUCACUGACGUGGUGCUGGAGACGGAGUUCGACGGCGAGAAGGCGAAGUACAGCAUGCUGCAGGUGUGGCCGGUGCGCCAGCCGCUUUGCAGCAAGUACAUGCGCGCGCUGGAUGACUUCUACGAGAAGAACUACCCCGAGUUCGUACCGCUCAGGACUAAGGUGAAGGAGAUCCUGCAGGAGGAGGAGGACCUGACGGAGAUCGUGCAGCUGGUGGGCAAGGCGUCGCUCGCGGAGACCGACAAGAUCACCCUCGAGGUCGCCAAGCUGCUCAAGGAUGACUUCCUGCAGCAGAACAGUUACUCGGCGUACGACCGCUUCUGUCCGUUCUACAAGACGGUGGGCAUGCUCAAGAACAUGAUAGCGUUCUACGACAUGUCGCGGCACGCCGUCGAGUCCACCGCGCAGUCCGACAACAAGGUCACGUGGAACGUCAUCCGCGACGCCAUGGGCAACGUGCUCUACCAGCUCUCCUCCAUGAAGUUCAAGGUGCGUCACUUCGCCACACUACGCCACACUGCGCCACAAUACGCCAGACUACACCACAUUGCGCCUCAUUACGCCACAUUAAGUCAUAUUGCGCCGCAUUACGCCACAUUACCAUUCCAGGCGAGUAGCCAUGACGACGUGACGCCGUAUUGCCAUGUCGCCAUGACGCUAUGUCGCCAUGUUGACAUGUCGCCUUGA